CGGCCGUGCGGCCCGGCUGGGAGCGGUGGGCUUACAGCUGGGGCUCCCGCGGCGUCGCCGGGCGGCCGGGCUGAGAGCCGUGAGAAGGCCCCGAGGCGAGCUUGGAGAGGAACUCCAACGCCCCGGGGGCGAGAGGAAGCCCGGCUGCUCCCGGCCGGCGCCCUGGGAAGAUGGCGGGGCCCGAGCUUCUGCUCGACUCCAACAUCCGCCUCUGGGUGGUCCUGCCCAUCGUGAUCAUCACCUUCUUCGUGGGCAUGAUCCGCCACUACGUGUCCAUCCUGCUGCAGAGCGACAAGAAGCUCACCCAGGAGCAAGUCUCCGACAGUCAAGUCCUAAUUCGAAGCAGAGUCCUCAGGGAAAAUGGAAAAUAUAUUCCCAAACAGUCUUUCUUGACACGAAAAUACUACUUCAACAACCCAGAAGAUGGAUUUUUCAAAAAAACUAAAAGGAAGGUCGUGCCCCCUUCUCCGAUGACUGAUCCUACCAUGCUCACAGAUAUGAUGAAAGGCAACGUGACAAACGUCCUCCCUAUGAUUCUUAUUGGCGGAUGGAUCAACAUGACAUUCUCAGGCUUUGUCACAACCAAGGUCCCGUUUCCACUGACCCUCCGUUUCAAGCCCAUGCUGCAGCAAGGAAUCGAACUACUCACGUUAGAUGCAUCCUGGGUGAGUUCUGCAUCCUGGUACUUCCUCAACGUCUUUGGGCUUCGGAGCAUUUAUUCCCUGAUUCUGGGCCAAGAUAAUGCCGCGGACCAGUCUCGGAUGAUGCAGGAGCAGAUGACAGGGGCCGCCAUGGCCAUGCCUGCGGACACCAACAAAGCUUUCAAGACAGAGUGGGAAGCUUUGGAGCUGACGGACCACCAGUGGGCCCUAGACAACGUUGAAGAGGAGCUCAUGGCCAAAGACCUCCACUUUGAAGGCAUGUUCAAAAAGGAACUGCAGACCUCUAUCUUCUGAUGACCGAGCCGGGACCAGCCGUGUCAGGAACUCGGAGCAGCGCUUAGCCUUGUCACUUUCCUUUGUGCCGGAGCCUCCGGAUACAGCUGAGGAGGCCUGCGCUGCGGGCUUGGGGCGAGCAGGCGAGGAGGGUUCUUGUCGGAGCCGGUCCCUUCCAGUGGAAGCUGGAAGCGUUCUGGGGAAUGUGUGCUGGUGAUUGGCUGGGGAACGGCUCUGUUUUCGAAUGUUUCAGAUUUUCCUUUGGGUGACUCUCGUAAUGGAAGAGAAAGGGGGAGACACAAGCUAGCAAUACAAUAUCAAACUUAGCAAAACUCCGAUCUUGAGGAACAAGCAGUGGCAGUCGUGUCUACUCACUCUGAGCAGUCAGCCUGGCAUCCAACCUCCGUGAACUCCUCCCUCUUGGGGAUCCAAAUAGCCUGCGUUCUACCUUUAAUUCUUUGUUAAUAUUUUUAUAUCUUUCUUUACACAAAUAACACAUUUUCACUAUGAAAAACUUAGCAGCCACAGAGGAGCAGAGAGAAGCUCCUGGUGGUGUGUCUUUGGAGGCUGCAGAGUGACUUUUUAAAAAGCAAGUGUAUCAGAACCUUAUUCGCAUAGACUCUUUGCAGAGUGAGUUGGUACCCAGGGCCAGGACAGACUUAGCAAACCGUCGCUAUCGCUUAGCUGUCCAGCGAAAGCAGUGACCCGGGGAUACUGCCGGAUUCUCAAGUGCCUUUGGGAUCAUCAGAGUUUCAGUCACGUGAGGUCUCACUCUGGCGCUCUUCUGCCCUUGGCUCCUUGAUUGAGCAGAAGACCUCGUUUUCUAGUUACUCUGCUUAAAGAGAGUUCACUUAUCUCUGAAGGAAGGCAGAGAGGGCUACUGGAGGCGGAUAAACAGUUAAGGAUUGCCCUGGACUGACUGUCCCAGGGAAGUGGCGGGGUGGCCUCCCGGUACCAGAAGGUGGCUGUGAUGUGCAUGUGGAACGCUGUAAUCAAGGACAGGUGACUCUUGGCUCUACAAUUAAACCGUCCUGUUUUUCUCUUCC